UUGACACAAUAUAAGUUAACUUUUUUCUUCUAGAUCUUCUUUCCUUCUAGUCAGUGGAUUGCUAAUUGUCUAGUGGUUUAAAAGGAAACAGAAUAUUAGAGUUGUAACUUUUAUUACAGUUUUUUCUAAUGUAGCCUUGACAGAUUAAAAUGUAACAUUUAAAUUUGUUAUAUUUUGAAGACUUAGGUUUGGUUGGAAUGAAGUUAGUUGUAGCUGUAGAGGGUUGUCGCCUCAGUUAAUUAAGGCAUAGUGCUGAUAAGGCCAGGGUCACCCUGGCAGGUGUUAUUUAAUUUUACUUUGUCCAGCUUAUCCACAAAUUCCUGGGAAGUGUACAGUAUGUUUAGUUCAAAUCUACUCAUCUGAUACAGAUGCUAUAGAUAAUAGUGACCUCUUUUUAUAGGAAUGCCAGCUCAUUUUUGAUAUCUAAUUAUUGAUUAUUUACAUACAAUUUCACACUAAUUUAGGACUUUUAGAAGAUAAUGAUUGCAAAAGAUUUGUACUUGUGUUAUUGUCAUAGCUAGAUUUGAAUAGUUAACCAGUGUAUGGGUUGCCACAGUGCCAGGUUUGUUGUAGGAUGGUAGACUUUCAGAGCAGUGACGAAAGGAACAAACUUUUAUUGAACAGUUUUGUGGCUCUUAGUAGUCUAAUCCCUUCAAUUUGUAGAUGGGAAAACUGAGGCUCAGAAAUACGAAAUUUUGAUUAGGAAUUCAGUUUUGGACAUGUUAACUGUGAGAUACUUGUUAAACAUUCAGAUUGAGAUGUCAGGUGGGCAGCUGGUUUUACAAAUCUUGAGUUAGGGGAGAGAUCCAACUUGGAGAUGCAAAAUUUUAAAUUAUCACCAAAUAGCUGAUAUUUAAAGCCCAGGGAUUGACUAAGGUCCCCAGAGUAGUUAGAGGUUAGAGAGAAGAGGACCAAAGCUUGGGGCACUUGGCUUUUUAAUUCAGAAACAUAAGGAAGCCAACAAAGAAGUUUGAGGAAGAAAAGCUACUGAGAUUGGAGGAAAACCAGGAGAAUGUCUUGGAAACCAUGUUAGAACAGUAUGUUUAAUUGUGGAUUAUAGAACCAGAGAGCUUCAGACUAAGUCAUUUAACAAAUAAUUUAGUGAUUGUUGUGUUUUGCCUAAGAGUUCUUUUUAUUUCAAAUGCUGAACUUGUAGAGGCAAAAGUGUUUAAUAAUCUUGGGGAUUCAAUUACAAGUUACGUAUUUUUUAAUGGGGCUAGAAUGUGAAGGUGCUGAAGUCACUGCUUGCUGUGUAAUAUUCUAGAUAUUUGUUGAUGUAGUUCUAUACUUAAGUAUAGACCUAACUGGUGUGUUACAAAAUGAGGGAAAAACAAAUGUAAUAGGUUUUGCUCAGUUUAUAAUCUGGUCAAGGAUAUAGGAAGACAUAAUAAGUGUAUCAAACAUGAAUCUUAGUCCGAAAACUCAGAUGGAAAGAAGGUACCACAUUUGCUUUCUUUAAAUUAACUUGAUUUGAAUACUACUUCUUCGGCAAGAAAUUCAACCUCAGUCAUCCUUAGGGCUCCCUCUGCUCAUGUUCUUGGAAGGCCUGGUGUCAUAUGGUUCAGAUUUUGCCUGCAUUGGUUAUAGUAUUGUCUUCCAUUGUCCUCCACAAGGUUCCAUCAGGUUCUGUGGCUCUGCCACCAACUGUGGGCCCUAGUGCCUGUGACUUGACACCUAGUUUAUAUCUAGCAGACACUUUUUACUGAGGUCUUGCUGCCAUGGAGUUGAUUCCAUCCUCUCUAGAAUUUCUUCUGAGAUUGCUCACAAGGUCUACUCCUUUCUUUCAUCAAGUCAUCAACAUGGUCUCUUCUUCGGUUUUACUAAACACAAGGUGCUGCUCUACCUUCUGUGCCACUGGAAUCUCUGAACAAAGGGUUUUGAAAGCCUGGCUGUUUGACUGGAAAUCGAAGGGAGGGAUGGAAAUAGAAGGGUGUGAGUGACAUAGGAAAAACAUGAAUUAGUGUUCCAAAAACUAGCCCCAAGAGGAAAUAUAAAGUGCCAAAUGUCAAUAAGUAUGGUUGCUUGGAGUGUGCUUGGAGUGAUUUGAAAACUUCAUGAAGAUGAGACUUGAACUGAGCCUUAAAGAAUGGAUAGAAUUCAUUAUAAAUGAUGGUGUCUGUUGUGCUUCUGUAUCUAAGGCAGUACCUUCAUGUGUAUAUUGUUGGGUGGUGGUGACACAUGCAUGAGUCAGGGGCGUGUGUGGCAUGUUUGGGAGUGAGUGUGUGGUGUGUGUGUUUGUUACAGGAAGGAGAUGAGAGUUUCUACUGUUGCAGAAGAGCCUCAGAAAGAGAAUUGUGGAACAAUCAGCUGGAUGGAGUUAGAAAGGGAAGAUGCUUACAAGGCUUUGAUAGUAGUUCUGACCUGAACUGGAAAAGGAUUGAUGGCAGUGGGAAUGAGAAGACAGUAAUUGGGUAGAAACCGCUAGAAAGAAUCUGUGGGGAGAAGGCAGAAUUUAAGGUGAUUCUGAGUUCUCUGCUGGGUGCAGAGGUAUUAAUAGUGUCAUUAAUGGAAACUGGAAAAGUCAAGAUAGAAGUUUGUUGUGAGAAGAAGAUAAGGAGUUAAAUAGAUGAUUUGAUAACCUGUUGGAGCUCUGAAAUGAGGUUAGAUUUGUAGAUAAAGGGUUUACCAUAUCAUUGAUCUUCACGAUCCUGCUCUAGACUGGUGGUUUUUCCUGUUGACUAUUGUGAAGAAGACAGUGAUGAAAGAAUAACUGAUGAGAAAAGAAGAGAUGACUUCCUGCCUGACACAGCUCACUUCAAGAAGUGCACAAUGUCAGAACGUGGAAUUAAAUGGGCUUGUGAAUAUUGUACGUAUGAAAACUGGCCAUCUGCAAUCAAGUGUACUAUGUGUCGUGCCCAAAGACCUAGUGGAACAAUUAUUACAGAAGAUCCAUUUAAAAGUGGUUCAAGUGAUGUUGGUAGAGAUUGGGAUCCUUCCAGCACCGAAGGAGGAAGUAGUCCUUUGAUAUGUCCAGACUCUAGUGCAAGACCAAGGGUUAAAUCUUCGUAUAGCAUGGAAAAUGCAAAUAAGUGGUCAUGCCACAUGUGUACAUAUUUGAACUGGCCAAGAGCAAUCAGAUGUACCCAGUGCUUAUCCCAACGUAGGACCAGGAGUCCUACAGAAUCUCCUCAGUCCUCAGGAUCCGGCUCAAGACCAGUUGCUUUUUCUGUUGAUCCUUGUGAGGAAUACAAUGAUAGAAAUAAAUUGAACACUAGGACACAGCACUGGACUUGCUCUGUUUGCACAUACGAAAACUGGGCCAAGGCUAAAAGAUGUGUUGUUUGUGAUCACCCCAGACCUAAUAACAUUGAAGCAAUAGAAUUGGCAGAGACUGAAGAGGCUUCUUCAAUAAUAAAUGAGCAAGACAGAGCUCGAUGGAGGGGAAGUUGCAGUAGUGGUAAUAGCCAGAGGAGAUCACCUCCUGCUACGAAGCGAGACUCUGAAGUGAAAAUGGAUUUUCAGAGGAUUGAAUUGGCUGGUGCUGUGGGCAGCAAGGAGGAACUUGAAGUAGACUUUAAAAAACUAAAGCAAAUUAAAAACAGGAUGAAAAAGACUGAUUGGCUCUUCCUCAAUGCUUGUGUGGGGGUUGUAGAAGGUGAUUUAGCUGCUAUAGAAGCAUACAAGUCAUCAGGAGGAGACAUUGCACGUCAGCUCACUGCAGACGAAGUACGCUUGCUGAACCGUCCUUCUGCCUUUGAUGUUGGCUAUACUCUUGUACACUUGGCUAUUCGUUUUCAGAGGCAGGAUAUGCUAGCAAUAUUGCUUACAGAGGUGUCUCAACAAGCAGCAAAGUGUAUUCCAGCAAUGGUGUGUCCUGAACUGACAGAACAAAUCCGGAGAGAGAUAGCUGCCUCUCUUCAUCAGAGAAAGGGGGAUUUUGCUUGCUAUUUUCUGACUGACCUUGUAACAUUUACAUUGCCAGCAGAUAUUGAAGAUUUGCCCCCAACUGUCCAAGAAAAAUUAUUUGAUGAGGUGCUUGAUAGAGAUGUUCAAAAAGAAUUAGAAGAAGAAUCUCCAAUUAUUAACUGGUCCUUGGAAUUGGCUACACGUUUGGACAGUCGAUUAUAUGCACUUUGGAACCGGACUGCAGGAGACUGCCUACUUGAUUCAGUACUACAAGCUACCUGGGGCAUCUAUGACAAGGACUCGGUGCUUCGGAAAGCCCUGCAUGACAGCCUGCAUGACUGUUCACAUUGGUUUUACACACGCUGGAAAGAUUGGGAAUCAUGGUAUUCUCAGAGCUUUGGUUUACAUUUUUCCUUGAGAGAAGAACAGUGGCAAGAAGACUGGGCAUUUAUACUCUCUCUUGCUAGUCAGCCUGGAGCAAGCUUGGAGCAGACGCACAUUUUUGUACUGGCACAUAUUCUUAGACGACCAAUUAUAGUUUAUGGAGUAAAAUAUUACAAGAGUUUCCGGGGAGAAACUUUAGGAUAUACUCGGUUUCAAGGUGUUUAUCUGCCUUUGUUGUGGGAACAGAGUUUUUGUUGGAAAAGUCCGAUUGCUCUGGGGUAUACAAGGGGCCACUUCUCUGCUUUGGUUGCCAUGGAAAAUGAUGGCUAUGGCAACCGAGGUGCUGGUGCUAAUCUGAAUACUGAUGAUGAUGUCACCAUCACAUUUUUGCCUCUGGUUGACAGUGAAAGGAAGCUACUCCACGUGCACUUCCUUUCUGCUCAGGAGCUAGGUAAUGAGGAACAGCAAGAAAAACUGCUCAGGGAGUGGCUGGACUGCUGUGUGACAGAGGGGGGAGUUCUGGUCGCCAUGCAGAAGAGCUCUCGGCGGCGAAAUCACCCCCUGGUCACUCAGAUGGUAGAAAAAUGGCUUGACCGCUACCGACAGAUCCGGCCGUGUACAUCCCUGUCCGAUGGAGAGGAAGAUGAGGAUGAUGAAGAUGAAUGACAAAAAAAUCGAAGACCAAGGCAUCAGAUCUGUAAUGACCCUAAAGUUAGUGUGGUGCUCCAAGCAGAGUCGACAUCAUGGAAUGAACCAAAUCUGGCAGGAUCUGCUCUGGGAAGUGUUUUCCUGGACCACACACACCUAAUGGAGAUAAUGCCUCUGCUGUGUGAUGGGACAGAGAACUUUAGUUGGACUACAGUUUGUAAAAAAAAACCUAAUUUUAUUAAGACAGAACUUUUUUUCCUUUCAAAUUGUAAAUCUGUCUAUAAAUGUAACGCAUGUGGUUGUGUAAGAAAUUGUGUAAUAGGAAAAGUUGUACCAGCAUCUUCAUAUUAUUGAGAAAAUUUUUUCAGCAUGGGCACUUAGAAAAAGCACAUGGCAAAUGGCUCUUUGUUCCUUUAAGAUAUUAUUUCAGUAGAACCUGACAUUCUACUUUAACCUUAAAACAUCCAUCUAAGUCUCAGAGAUCUGGAAACGUUUUGUACAGAUUAUCUACACCAAAACAUAAAAAUAACCUUCUAUUUUAUUAAUGAUUUAGUUCCUGUUGUGCCCAAUCCAAUCAAAUCUUUUAGGAACAAACUGCAAGAAGAGCUAAGAAUGUUUUAGAGUGAACUAAAUAUAGACAUUGCUUACUUGUUUUGAAGAGGGUUUUGGUUUUGGUUAUUGUGUCUUCAGUUUUCUGAUAUGCCCCCUUUCGAUAUUUAGAUAUUUAUUUGUUGGGAAGAAUACCUUAAAAUGAGGGUUCUUAUUCCAGAUUCUGGGCAGUGGUCUGAGUAGUUUUUUUCCUGGAUGAAAAGGGAGCAAGCCCACUUGUCACUAAAUGAAUUGUGUGCAGUUUGCUCACUUGGACUCCAUCCACAGUGUACUACUCCCAAAUUGCCAUGCCAUAGGCCUUCGGAUUCUUCCUUUCAUCACCUCUGCUCUAAGCAAAUCUUGUUAGAAGGGCAUGGCAUGCCUUUGCUUAGGCAGAUUGGGAACACCCAUUCACUACAGAAUAAAGAUUUUAAAAAUGCAAUAAGGUGGUAAAUGCAUUCUAUGAAGAAUUUCUCAGUGUUUAGUCUGAGAAUUUUUGCAUGUUGGUUAAUUGUGGCCAUUCUUAUUUAAAGUUAAAAUUAUAAUCUUAGGUAGAAAAACUUUAUAAGAAGUAUUAUUUGACCACUUCAGGUAUACAUCCAAUACUGGGUAAAAAUUUCAGACCUAUCUCAGGAACACAGAAGUACUUGGUGUCCUGAUAAGCACUUUCUAGACUAUUGAUGUGGCCAGGAGUUUGGAAGGAUGACACACACACACACACACACACGUAUUUUUUUUUUCCCUUCCCUGUGAUGAAAAGGCUGUGAAAACCUUAAAGUAUUUGCUUGUUUUUUAGUUGAUAAUGAAAUGUGUACAACCUCAAAUUUGCUGCCAGAAUGAUACUAAAAAUAGAAAAAUACCCACAAAACUGUCAUGUCUUUAGUUCCGCCCCCCAAAAACUCAGUAAAAAAGUGUUCCCAGGAUGAAAAGAUCAUUUUUGCUGCAUGCUAAAUCUUGCAGGAAAAAAUGAUUUUUGUAGUAUGAUUCCGUAGAAAUGAAUCUUUGAUAUAAUGUAAAUGCUGCUGUUUCAAGUGGUGAAUGUGUUUUUAAAAAUGGGCUAUACUGUUUGCUUUCAUUUUGGCCAAUAAUUAGUUAAUCGAGUUUGUAGAAAAUGUUAGCAUUCUGACUACUUAGCAUCUGUAGUAACUUUUCUCUAUGUAUAGGGAUAAUUUUUUAGUGGGCAGAGAUCCUGUUCUAGUUGCCUGUUAAGCAAAAUCUGCCCUCCCAAUUGAAGAAGCCAAAGAGAAUUGUUCGGGGGAAAAGCAUGUAGCCAUUGCAGUCUGCAUUGCAGCAGCGUUGUCCAGCGAGUGUAUGCUCCGUACUUAGCUUCUACUGUGUGUCGUGGUUUGGUGAGUGUUGUUUCCUCUGCGUGCUCUAUUUAUUUAUUUAUUAUCAGUGACCCUGACCACAUAGUGUGAUAGGUGCAGCAUUCUUCCCUGUGGGAAAGAAUUAAAGAUGGUUCCAUUUCCUAGGCUACAGACAGGAAUGGGGCUCUAAAUGGUUUUCAUAGACUGGCUGUUAAAGGCCAAAAUUUUUGGUAAAUCAAUGCUGUAUUAUGCUCUUGAUUAAACAGCCAUAAUUAUUGUCCCAAGAUAGAAUAUAGUCCUUUUUCAAAGAUUAUACAUGGCUAGGUGACAGACUCUGAUAAAUGAUUGACUCUGGAUAGUAAGUCAUACCUUCGCUCUGUGGACUUGAUGGUUCUUUGCAUAGAGCAAACAGAGCAUGCCAUUUUGUUUUGACCUGUUCUUCCUUGGAGUCAAAUUCAUAUACAUGUAUAUAAAUUUUGGUUUGGGCAACCAAGAUCUAAUUAAACAAAACCCAG